AUGGCAUCAUCUUCACAAACAACUCCUAUCGACUUAAAUUCAUUGGCACCUCAGCAAUUGGUAGAUUUCCGUAAAUCUAUUGAUCAAGAAAUUACUCAUUUUACUCAAUCUUUACAAGCAUUAUCUACAGCACAAUCAAAAUUGAAGGAAUGUAUCACUAGUAUAAAUAAUUUGGAAAAAUCUAAAGAAGAUAGCUUAUUAGUUCCAUUGACUAGUUCCUUGUAUAUUCCAGGUCAAGUUGUUUCUAAAAAUGAUUAUUUAGUGGAUAUUGGUACUGGUUACUACGUUGAAAAAAAUGCAGAUAAUGCCAAAGUUGUUUAUGAUAAUAAAAUCAAAAAAUUAGAUGAAGAUGCAAAGAAAUUAAAAAGCAUUUUGGUACAAAAGAAUGAGUUGUUGAACACAGUAAACUUAAUUUUAAGAAAGAAAGUUAUAGAGAUGGAAAAACAACAGGCAACUGCUGCUAAAGCUACAUGA